GCGCCAAGAGAUGCGUGUAUAUAUAUAUAUAUAUCUCCUGCUUAUCGUCCUCCGCUGCUUUAGUCAUACGCGAGCGAGUGAUGUUGCUCGGCAAAUAUAAAGAUGACGGCAUCGCCGCUGUAUGAAUAAGCCGCGGGAGGUGCGCGACUGCGAGUGUCGAUCGUCUCACUUGUCUGUUUCGUCUAGAUUUGUGGCUCCUCUUUUCUUUCCCCUUCAAAAUGGGAGCGAGAUUAAUGUUCGGCAGCUCAAGAUGGCUCGUUGUGUCGGGAAUAUUAGUGGUGGGCCUGUUAGCCUCGUUCGCAUGGGCCAACUAUUCUCCUCCAGAGAGAUUGACCGGCAUGAAUCCUUGUAUCAGUAAACAGACAUGCCAUGAGUGCAUACAAACUCCGCAUUGUGCUUGGUGCGCAGCACCGAAAUUUUCCGAGAAGAGAUGUUUCCUCCCAAAUAUCAAUACCAAGAUAUUCGCGACGUGUCCUCCCGAGUACACGUGGAAUCCUGAUAAUGUCUUCAGCAUGCUGCGUCACCGUAACUUGACCAAGGGCAGUUUCGCCGCUGGCGGUGGCGCAGGAGGAGGAUAUGGCAGCAUCGAAGGCUACUCUAAUUUCUCAUCUUCCAGUUCAUCUUCUUCGCAUUUUCAUAAGGAAAGUUCGAGCAGUAGUGGAAGUAGAAGACAGGAGGCCGUGCAAAUGUGGCCACAAGAAGUCAAUCUGAAACUUAGAAUAAAUGAAGCUUAUAGAAUGUCCUUCGCUUAUUCUCAAGCGGAGGAUUAUCCCGUGGAUCUUUAUUAUCUUAUGGACCUGAGCAAGUCCAUGGAGGACGACAAGAAGAAACUGUCUGAUUUGGGCCAAUUGUUGGUCGAGAGCAUGAGCAAGAUUACGAGCAACUUCCGUUUGGGUUUUGGUAGCUUCGUCGACAAAGUCGUGAUGCCAUACGUCAAUACCGUGCCAAAAUCUCUUAUCGAACCAUGCGACGGUUGCGCGGCGCCUUAUGGAUACAAGAACAUCAUGAGGCUCUCUCAAGAUACGAGCAAAUUUGCGGGAUUGGUGCGUAACGCAUCCGUGUCCGGCAAUCUCGACGCACCGGAGGGCGGCUUCGAUGCAAUUAUGCAAGCGAUAGUUUGCCGUAAUCAGAUAGGAUGGCGCGAAAAGGCACGUCGAUUACUGGUAUUCUCGACCGACGCUGGUUUUCAUUAUGCAGGCGACGGUAAGCUGGGCGGUAUCAUCAAGCCGAACGACGGCCUGUGCCACUUGGACACCAGAGGCAUGUACACCCAUUCGUCUCUGCAAGAUUAUCCGAGCAUCUCGCAGAUUAAUCUAAAAGUGAAACAAAAUGCCAUAAAUAUCAUAUGGGCUGUCACUGAGGAGCAGAUCAACGUUUAUAAAAGACUUACGAAGCACGUGGAGGGUUCCUUCGCCGGCAAAUUGUCUGACGAUUCCAGUAAUGUCGUGGAACUGAUCCGCGAGCAAUACGACGCUAUCUCAAGUUCAGUUGAGAUGAAGGACACAGCCAGUAGCGCGGUCAAAGUGAAGUACUUCUCGAGCUGCUUGGGUACUGGGCCGGCGAUCGAGACAUCGAAAUGUGAUGGACUUAAAGUCGGCACAAAGGUGGAGUUUAUCGCGGAGAUUGAAGUCACCAGUUGUCCAGCCAACAGAUCGGAAUGGAAGCAAAAGUUUGACAUUUAUCCGGUCGGUAUAAACGAGACUCUCACGGUAAAUCUGGAGAUGUUGUGCGAUUGCGAGUGCGAGCGCGAAGGCCACUUGUACGAGGAGAAAUCGCCCGAGUGCAACGGCGUGGGCACGCUCAAGUGCGGCGUUUGCGAAUGCGAUGACGGAUUCUUCGGUAAACGGUGCGAAUGCAGUCCGCAUCAGGAACUCACCGGUUUCGACAAGCACUUCCAAUCGUGCCGACCUGACAAUACCUCCCUCGUGGAUUGCUCCGGCCGCGGCACAUGCGCCUGCGGUCAAUGCGAAUGCGAGGAACGAGAAAAUCCGAAGGAGGUAAUAUCGGGACACUUUUGCGAGUGCGAUAACUUCUCCUGCGACCGCGAUCAGGGUAAGCUUUGCUCGGACCACGGCACCUGCGAAUGCGGACAGUGCGUCUGCAACGCCGGCUGGACCGGACCAUCUUGUAAUUGUAGAUCUUCUAAUGACUCCUGCAUCGCGCCGGGAACCACGAAUGGCGUACUCUGCUCGGGUCACGGUGACUGUGUUUGCGGUGAGUGUAUCUGUCACGAGGAGGGCAACACUCGAUACUCUGGCAAGCACUGCAACAAGUGCCCGACUUGUCCAAGCCGCUGCGAAGAACUAAAACCGUGCGUACAGUGUCAAAUGUAUGGUACCGGAAACUACAGUGAUCCGGAAGAAUGCGCGAGAAACUGCAAGGAAUUUGUACCCGAAAGCGUGGAGACGGUGAUCGUUGACGUGGACAACGACGAGGUGCUGUGCUUCGGCACGGACGAGGACGACUGCAAAUACAAUUUCGUGUAUUACUACAACGAAACCAACUGUCUGCAGGUUCGCGCUCAAAAAGAACGCGAAUGUCCACCACAAGUCUACAUGCUCGGAAUUGUAUUAGGCGUGAUCGCAGCAGUAGUUCUAGUCGGUCUGGCGCUGCUACUACUGUGGAAACUGCUGACGACGAUACACGACAGACGGGAGUUUGCUCGAUUCGAAAAGGAGAGAAUGAUGGCCAAAUGGGACACGGGAGAAAAUCCGAUCUAUAAGCAAGCCACUUCCACGUUCAAGAAUCCGACCUAUGCUGGAAAAUAAUACGCCUUAAAACGCGAAAUUUUUAAGAAAGAUUCACAAUACGAAUCUUUUUACGACGCGAUUUACAAUUUGCGAACGACAACUGUGCUUGGUGUCUCGUCUUAAGUUCAGCAAGAUCUUGAGUAGCUACGUAAAGAAAUGCGUAACUCUGCGGCGACAUAACAAGAUCUAGAUCUAAGGUAUUUUAGCGUUUACACAAUUAUUUAAAGGAACUAAUAUUUAAAUACAAUAUAUACUCUAUUUUGUUGAGAUAUUUGUAAAAAACGAUUUAAAAUACUGCCAUAUAACAUAGACUGCAUUAUAGACGCGCGCAUACGCGUCAUUUGUUUACGAAAUUAUAAUGUUAUAUUUUAUCGCGAUCGUGGUUUAAGGAAAGCAGGUUAGUUAGGCUAAUUUUAAUAUUCAAGUGCCUUUUAAUAUCACGACAGUGUGCUUGCAAUUGACCCUCAGUUACCUUUGCAUUUCUUACGCUAUACGUACAGAUGAACAGAGUGUAAAGUUAAUAUGUGGUAAUAUAAUUUGGGAAUGGAUCCAGAGGGGAUAAGUAAUAGGAGAAGGUUCAUACAGUCGUAUUUAUUCACAUUAUUCACGUUUCUUAGUUAUGCAUCUUUUUUAUACGCAUUUUUAAGAACAUGUUUGUUCUUUUUGUUGGAAUUGAGUUUUUAUUAUUGUCUCAAAGAUAAAGAUUAGGAAACUACAAAUAAAUUUGGAUACUUUGUACUUUCUUUGAAAGAAUGGAAACUAUGAUGUGAGUCAUAAGAUACUGUAUAUUUGAAUCAUUAGUCAACAAGAUUUUACGGGAGAUAUAAAAUAAUUGUAAAUAUUUAAGUGGUUAUAGAGUAAAUUUUAUCAAGCAUUAUUUGAACGAUCGAAAAUAAUUCGAAAACGAUACGAAAUAUCGUAUAUCGGAUCUAUUCCUGAAAUACAUCGCGCACAUAUUACGUUACAUUUCUUAUGUAUAAAUAGAAAAAAAGUGCCGCCCUUUCUUCCAGAAAACGAAUGACUGUCGAGGAUCUUAUACAUCUUUUAGUGCAAUCCAUAUGAAGAUAUAUUUCAUGCGAAAAAAUUCGAAGAUGCAUUUAUCUGCGAAUCUUCUAUCCUAUAAUGUAAUCGUUUUACUGAUUAAAGCGCGUUCUUUUUUUAUUUCCUUUUCGCGUGACUCUAAAGAGACUCGAAAGUGUUUAUAGAAAAUUUGUAUAAAUGUAUAAAGUAUUGCCCGCGUCCCGGAUAUAGAAAUAAGUUUUAACACUGUAUUUUAACGAUGGCGCGACAUCCAAUAACUAUGAUUAUGUCUCGCAUUUUAUUUCGUAAAUAUAUAUAUAAUAUAUAUAUUAUAUAUAACCAAAAAAGUGUUAUAUAAUCGGUUGUUUCUAACACAAGAGUACAUGAGUGCGAGGAUUCAGAAAUAUAUAAAGUAUAAAUAAUUCUGAAAGUAAACAAGUCGUGUAUACAAUCAUAUGCGAAUCAUCUGCUUCACUCUUCUCGAUUCGUGAAUCUCACGAAGCACAUCGAUCCCAAAAGAUAUACAUGCAACGAUGCAAAAAGGGAGAUCAAACGAUGUGAUAUCUCGAUCCAUCGUGUUUUUAAAUCAUUUUAUCUUUUUUGACAAUUUUACAACAGCUAUAACCGCGUUAUUAUUAAUCGUAUUGUCUGUUCUUUUGUUUUAUAUUAGCUCGACUGUAAGUUAACGUGAGUUAAUUACUAUAAUUGACAUUACUCCACGUGCGAUUGUUCGCAAACUCGAUGAGCUAUAUGUAGAUUAUAAGCCCUAGGCGAGAACUAAUAAAGACGAUGUGUUAGUAA